UGCCAUGAGGAGCAGAUGGUGGGAUCUCUACUGUGAUUUCUUUGAUUAAAUUAGUGAACGCUAUCUCUCACUUUGUGAGUGAUUCUGCAUAGUUGUGAAUUGGUGGUGGAAAUUGGUCAGUAUAGAGAUGAUGAUGUCAGGUGGGGGAGGAGGAAGAUCUUCUUCAACAUCUUCAACGUCCUCAUGGGCACCUGCAACUUCUUUCUCUGCAUCGGGAAAGAGGAUUCAGAGAGAAAUGGUAGAGCUCAACAAUGAUCCCCCUCCUGAUUGUUCUGCUGGACCAAAGGGUGACAAUCUCUACCAUUGGGUCGCAACUAUAAUUGGCCCUGAAGGGACACCUUAUGAGGGUGGCAUAUUUUUCCUUGACAUAAUAUUUCCAAGUGAAUAUCCCUUUAAGCCUCCGCAGGUCGUAUGCAAGACUCGCAUUUACCAUUGCAAUAUAGACACUACUGGCCGAGUUAGUUUGGGUAUAUUGAAGGAUGGUUGGAGUCCUACACUAACUAUUACUAAAGUGCUACUUGCAGUUAGAUCGAUUUUGAUAAAUCCUGACCCUUAUAAUGCGGUUGUCCCUGGUGUUGCCCACCUCUAUUUGGGAGAUAAAGCAAAGCAUGAUGAUAUUGCUGUAGGGUGGACGCUUCGAUUUGCAAAAUGAAUGUUGUAUUGUCUUAUCCCAUACAUUAGUGUGCAAUAACUGUGAUCACAUCAUCACCUGUUACUAUCACAAGCUUUGUCACAAGUCGUGUCUUGAGUGCACAAUAUUGCACUUGGUACAAGCGACAACGACACCAAACAGUGCAUAUUGUCGGGUAGAAAGUUUCAGUCAGCUUCAGGUUUUAUUAGUCUGCAUAUGAUUGUAUUAUUUCAGUCAAUACAUCUAUCAGCUUCGCUAUUUUAAUACCUAGUUCUAGUUAAAAUGUGAUGUCUUGCUUC